AUGGCUCAAGAUACUUACCUUGGUUGGAUAGUAUCAGGAGAAGUCGAGGAUGAAGGGCAGUCGCAUCAUAAGUUAACUAUUAGCAUGCAUGCAAAGGUCGAAACAGAUCAAAUCCUAAAAAAAUUUUGGGAGUUAGAGGCAGAGCCAACAAACUCUGAAUCAUCAAUACUUAGUCCUGAAGAACAAGCAUGCGAAGAUUACUUCGCUGCCACAACGCGCAGGGAUAAAAAUGGACGCUACAUUGUAAAGCUGCCAUUUCGGUCAAGCAAGACUCCCUGUAACACAAAGGAAAUAGCAUUAAAAAGGUUGUAUAGUCUUGAACGGAAGCUAUCUAAAAAUAGUGAGCUUAAAUCCCAAUACACAUCAGUAAUUAAUGAUUAUUUAUCACAAGGUCAUAUGGAAGAAAUUACCAAUGAAAUAGAAAAGAAUAAAAUUGGCGCUGUUUACUUACCGCAUCAUGGUGUAAUCCGCGAAAAUAAGUCGACCACAAAAUUAAGGGUGGUAUUUGACGCGUCAGCUAAAGGAUCCGAUGGUGUUUCUUUGAACGACACUUUAAUGGUUGGACCACCCUUACAAGCUGACUUACGCCAUACUGUUAUGCGAUGGCGACUACACCCUAUAUGUCUAGUAGCCGAUAUAAUAAAAAUGUAUCGGCAAGUGAAGGUGGCUGGUGAUCACGUAGACUAUCAAAGGAUUUUAUGGCGAGAAGACGUUCAUUCUAACGUAAAGGAAUAUAGGCUUUUGAGAGUUACAUUUGGAAUAUCUAGCGCACCUUACCUGGCAGUGAAGGCAUUGCAGCAAACUGCUUGCGAUGAAGGCGAAUCAUAUCCAUAUGCUGCUAGUAGAAUCAUGACAGACUUUUAUAUGGAUGAUCUCAUGACGGGUUGCCAGACUGAAGAAGAAGCUGUAAAAAUCUAUCACGAGUUUAAUGAGCUUUUAAAUAAAACCGGUUUUACUUUACAGAAAUGGACAAGUAACCGAGAAGAACUACUUAAACAAAUAGAACUAGAUACUGGAAGAAAUCUAGAAAUAAAGGAAGAUGAAACUACAAGAAUUUUAGGACUUACCUGGAACCGUAAUUCUGAUGAAUUCCAUUACACUGUAAACUUACCUUUUUCAACACCGUCGUCAUCGGCAUCUGAAACUAAAAGAAGUGUCAUAUCAGAGAUAUCACGUUUAUAUGACCCAUUAGGUUGGAUCGCACCAUGUAUAAUUACCGCAAAGAUCUUCAUCCAAAAACUGUGGAUCAGUGGUUUAGAUUGGGAUGACGAACUAUCUGCAGAGCUUCUAGCUGAAUGGCAGUUUUACCGUUGCGAGUUACAAAAACUCAAUGAAUUUAGGAUUCCGAGAUGGCUGCAAAGAAAAAACAAUGAUCAAUCGGUAGAAUUACAUGGUUUUUCUGAUGCAUCAAGUGUGGCGUACGCCGCGGUUGUUUACAUGAGAGUUAUCGAUAGUGAAGGCCAAAUAAACUGCAAUCUGGUAACUGCAAAAACAAAGGUGGCUCCCAUAAAACAAGUUUCAAUACCAAGACUGGAGCUAUGUGGAGCAGUUUUAGUUACCAAAUUACUGUUAGAAGUAGCUCGAGUUUUGAAUGUUCGAAAAUCAGACUUACAUGCAUGGACGGAUUCAACAGUCGUGCUAGCAUGGUUGAGCGAUCAUCCGAGUCGGUGGAAAACCUUCGUUGCAAAUCGGACAUCUGAAAUCCUUACUGCCCUCGACUCCACUCAAUGGCAUUAUGUGGACACAAAAAAUAAUCCCGCAGAUAUUGCUUCGAGGGGAACAACACCCACAUCUCUAUUAAAUGAUUCGCUUUGGAAACACGGACCACCGUGGUUGCUAGCUGACACCAUAGCAUAUUGCAGACCUAAAGCUAUAAUGACCAAACUGGAACAGAGGUCUGUCAAGGUUCAUGCAGCAGAGGUAACCGACAAUUCGAUCGAAUUGAUAUGGUCCAGAUUUUCAUCUUUCCGUAAGUUAACCAGGACGUUAGCCUAUUGCAGACGAUUUUUGAAUUUAAAGGUGGCUAAAGCAUUACGGACACAGUUACCGCCUUACCUAACAGCUUCUGAAAUCGCAGAUACCAUCCAUCGCUGUCUCAUGCUCUGUCAAAUAGUGUGGUUUGAGACAGAAAUAGAGGCAAUACGAGCUGGUAAAAACGUUAGCAAGAACAGCGGUUUGAUUUCUUUGAAUCCUUAUUUGGAUGAUAGGGGCCUCAUGAGAGUGGGAGGAAGAAUCCAAAAUUCUCAGUUAGAUGACAAUAUGAAGCACCCUAUCAUUGUUCCUUAUCAGUCUCAUUUGACGAAACUGCUCAUAUCGGACGCUCAUCAACGCGUACUGCACGGCGGGCCACAAUUGACAUUAAAUUUCCUUCGGUCAAAAUAUUGGAUUGUGCGAGGUAAGCAGUUGAUUAAAGCUCAUAUCCACAACUGUGUACCAUGUAUUCGUCAUGCAGCUGUAACAAGAAAUCAACUGAUGGGGCAGUUGCCGUCAUGCAGGGUGACACCGAGUAAACCUUUUCUUCAUUCGGGCGUCGAUUAUGCGGGUCCAAUUCAUAUGAGAACAGCUAAGGGUCGCGGCCAUAAGUCCUACAAAGGAUAUAUAUGUCUUUUUGUUUGCAUGGCAACUCGUGCUGUGCACAUCGAAGCGGUCUCUGAUUUGACAUCUGAAGGCUUUCUUUCAGCCUUUAAACGUUUUGUCGCCAGACGUGGUCACUGUAGUCAUCUUUACAGUGACAACGGCACCAACUUCGUUGGAGCUUCAAAGGAGCUUAAGGCAAUGUUUCACAAUGAAUGUGCUUCUCUUCCUCGAGAAAUAGCGGCUUUAUUGGCCAACAAUGGAACAGAAUGGCAUUUCAUCCCGCCUCACUCUCCUAACUUCGGAGGUCUGUGGGAAGCUGGGAUAAAAAGUACAAAACAUCACCUUAGACGAGUUAUUGGUGAUUCUACUUUGACUUUCGAGGAAUUGAGUACAGUUUUGCCACAAAUUGAGGCAUGUCUGAACUCAAGACCUCUGUCACAGAAUAGUGCCAACUCGACAGAUCCAAACCCUUUGACACCAGGACAUUUCUUGGUCGGUCAGCCACUGGUGAUAGCACCAGACUAUAACUAUGAGCAUACGACAGUGAGUAGCUUGAGACGUUGGCAAUUGACACAAAGAAUGAUUCAGGCUUUUUGGAAACGUUGGUCUCAGGAGUAUUUAACUAUGUUCUUUCAACGACAUAAGUGGGCUAAACGUAUCCGCGAUCCAAAGGUUGGGGAUUUUGUGUUGGUAAAAGAAGACAAUUUACCCCCUGCCAAAUGGUUAUAUGGGAGGGUAAUUGAAGUACAUCCUGGUAAGGAUAAUUUAGUUCGCGUAGUUACCCUGCAAUGUAAGGAUUCCCGAGUCAAACGUCCAACUUCGAAAUUGUGUAUCUUGCCUGUUAAUGAUGAAUGA